AUGUUAGAUCCAGAGAAUUUCGCACACGACAAUAAUGUCCGGAAGGUAGCGGCCGAAAUUAACGAGCGCGUCGCUGCUGGUAUAAUCCCUCGCAUCCACGCUAUCAUCCUCAAUGCCGGCUAUGAGGAGUUUGAGAAGCAGACGUGGACUGAAGAUGGGUUGGACACGACCUUCGCAACCAACUAUCUGGGCCAUUGGCUUCUCACGGUAUUGCUGCUGCAGAGCAUGGAUCGGGAGAUAGGGCGAGUGCUCUGGAUCAGUAGCUGGUCUCACAACCCGCAUGACCCGUGUAACUCGUGGAACGGAUCUUUUAAAGAGGCUAAAUACAACACCAUUUUCAACUCCGGAAGCAUUGACGCUAUUGCUAAAGGCAACUGGAGUUUAAGCAAGGAUGAUAAGACUGGAUGGGCUGCCGGAUAUAGGCGGUAUGGCGCAUCUAAGCUGUGCUGCGUAACUACUAUAUCCGAGCUUCAACGUCGUCUCGAUCAGGACUCAAUUCUCAAAAACAUUUCCGUCCUUGGAAUCGAUCCUGGAUUAGUUAAUACUGGUAUAGUUCGCCGGAGCGGGAGCUGGUUCUUGCGCGUACUUUUAUGGCAGUUCUUGUUGCCAGCCGUAGCAGCUAUUCUGGUCUACUUCUUUCCUAAUGGGCCCCUUCGCCCAGCUAGGAAAUCAGCGAGUGAUAUCAUUACCGCUGCGUUGAAGGGUGGACCUUCACCACUCAGCGCAAGACCGAAGGGUCUAUACCUUAACGGCUCGGAGCUGGGCGCUCGAAAUCCAGAAGCCAAGGACCCCGCCAAAGGGGCCAUGUUGUGGAGAGAUACGCUACGCUAUACGCAGUUAGAGGAUAGAGAGACAUGUCUUGAGAACUGGCGCUAG